AUGGCAAACUCAGUCGGAGCAGACGACCGUGCCGGCACUCCCGCGCUCACACUGGGGUGGCGCUACGUUCCCGGAGACCGUCGCCUUCCACAGCGCGCGGGCCCGGGGCGGCGGGGCGGCGAGGACCCCAGCGUGCCUGCUGACUACAGAUCCCAGGGUGCCUCUGCCAUCUCCCUCCCUCCCAGCGCCGGCCCCGCCUCCCCAGCCCUUGUUGUUUUGGCUGGAAGCGCUCCGGAGGAGUUUCAGAGAAAGUCUGGGCAGAAGCUAGAGGCGACCGAUCGUGGGAAGGGGAGGCAGAAAGGCUAGAAGGAGGAGGGCCGAGGCCCGGGCCGCGCCUCCCUGAACCCGCCGCGCGCCCCCGGGGUGGGGGAGGAGCGCAGGGGACGGGACACAGGGGUCCCUCCCCGGAGCAGAGCCGCCCCGCGCCUCGUCCCUUCGCCGAUCCCCGCCCUCAUAAGAGGCUGGAGCGCAGACCCACCCUCCCGCCGCGGACCCGCGACCUCCCCGACGCCCGGCCAGGCGACGCCCGGAGCCUCGCCGCUGGUCCAAGAACUCCCUAGGCAGAUCGGGACCUGCCCCUGUGCCGGUUGCCACCCGGACGCCGCACGCCUUCCCAGGCACCCCUUUCCGAGCAGAGGGAAGGAGAAGACCGAGCCCCUCUCAGUGUGAAAGCGCCAGCGCGCUGAGCGGAGCGGACACCGCGCGCGGGCUUUGUGUGUGCUCGUGCUGCGUGGGGUCCGCAGCGGGGAGCGCCCGCAGGAGGUCCCGUCCCCAAGGGGCGGAGCGCAGGGCUUCUAGCUCCCGGAUCCCUGUCCGGGCAGAGUCCCAGCCGAGCCCGACCGCUGCCUAGGCGGCGGGACGGCGCGCCUGGCGGCCAGGAGGGCGCACUGAAAGAAGGCCGACGAGCCUGGUCCUCGCGGUUCCCGAUUGAGUUCCUCUUCAGUCCGCGGAUCUGCGGGACAGAUUCGAUCGCCGACAUAGGGCUCGGGGAGCCGGGCCGCCCCGUCGGGGGAAUCUGAGACGUCCUGUAGGCAGCGUUUGCCCGCCGUGCCCAGACAGCGUCCACUGUGUCCACCGACCCCUUCGGUGCCUCGUCCUCUAGCCCUCACGGCGUGCACCAUGAGCGGCGGCGAAGUGGUUUGCUCGGGAUGGCUCCGCAAGUCCCCCCCGGAGAAGAAGUUAAAGCGUUAUGCGUGGAAGAGAAGGUGGUUUGUGUUGCGUAGUGGCCGUUUGACCGGAGACCCUGAUGUCUUAGAGUAUUACAAAAACGAUCACGCCAAGAAGCCCAUCCGGAUUAUUGAUUUAAAUUUGUGUCAGCAAGUUGAUGCUGGUUUGACAUUCAACAAAAAGGAGUUUGAAAACAGCUACAUCUUUGACAUCAACACCAUCGACCGGAUUUUCUACUUGGUGGCAGAUAGUGAGGAAGACAUGAACAAGUGGGUCCGUUGUAUCUGUGACAUCUGUGGAUUCAAUCCCACAGAAGAAGAUCCUGUGAAGCCGCUGACCAGCUCCUCACAAGCACCUGUCGAUUCACCUUUCGCUAUGAAUACAGCACCAGUCUCCACCCAGGUGGAAGCAUCUUCAGUCCCACUACCUCCUCCUUACCAGCUCAUCAGCCUCCCACCACACCCAAACACUCUGGGCCUCCAGGAAGAUCCACAAGACUACCUCUUGCUGAUCAACUGUCAAAGCAAGAAGCCUGAACCUACCAGAGCCCAUUUUGACUCUGCCAAGCCCACCUCUUCUGAGACAGACUGCAAUGACAACGUGCCUUCCCAUAAGACGCCUGCUUCCUCCCAGAGCAAACACGGCAUGAAUGGCUUCCUCCAGCAGCAGAUGGUGUAUGACUGCCCGCCCUCCCGGGUUCCACCUGUCUCUGGGGAGUCCAGCCUCUACAACCUGCCCAGGAGCUAUUCCCAUGAUGUGCUGCCAAAGGAAUCUCCCUCAAGUACUGAGGCAGAUGGAGAGCUUUAUGUUUUUAAUACCCCAUCUGGGACUUCGAGUGUAGAAAGUCAGAUGAGACAUGUAUCUAUUAGUUACGACAUUCCACCAACACCUGGCAACACUUACCAGGUUCCACGGACAUUUGCAGAAGGCACGUUGGGACAGUCAUCAAAGCUGGACCCCAUUCCUGAUAUCCCCCCACCUCGGCCACCAAAACCGCAUCCAGUUCAUGACCGGUCUCCUGUGGAAACGUGUGGAGUCCCACGCACGGCCUCGGACGCUGACAGCAGUUACUCCAUCCCUACAGCAGGCAUGCCGCCCUCCCGGAGUAAUACCAUUUCCACCGUGGAUUUGAACAAGUUGCGGAAAGAUGUUAGUUCUCAAGAUUGCUAUGAUAUUCCACGGACCUUUCCAAGCGAUAGAUCUAGUUCCCUGGAGGGCUUCCAUAACCAGUAUAAAAUCAAGAAUGUGUUGGCAGUGGGAGGCAUCUCGGGCGAAGAACUGGACGAGAACUAUGUCCCCAUGAACCCCAACUCGCCACCACGACAACAUUCCAGCAGUUUUGCAGAGCCAAUUCAGGAGCCAAACUACGUGCCAAUGACCCCCGGGACCUUUGAUUUUUCUGCAUUUGGGAUGCAGGUCCCUCCUCCUGCUCAUAUGGGCUUCAGGUCCAGCCCGAAGACCCCUCCCAGGAGACCAGUUCCUGUUGCUGACUGUGAACCACCCCCGGUGGAUAGGAACCUUAAACCAGACCGGAAAGGUCAGAGUCCUAAAAUUUUAAGACCCAAACCCCAUGGUUUAGAGCGAACUGAUUCACAAACCAUAGGUGACUUUGCUACAAGAAGAAAGGCCAAGCCGGCUCCGUUAGAAAUAAAGCCUCUGUCAGAAUGGGAGGAGCUGCAAGCCCCAGUCAGGUCUCCCAUCACCAGGAGCUUCGCUCGCGACUCCUCUAGGUUUCCCAUGUCCCCUCGGCCUGAUUCUGUGCACAGCACGACCUCGAGCAGUGACUCUCACGACAGCGAAGAGAACUACGUGCCCAUGAACCCGAAUCUGUCCGGCGAAGAUCCGAAUCUCUUUGCCAGCAAUAGCCUUGAUGGAGCGAGCAGCCCUAUGAUCAAACCCAAGGGAGAUAAGCAAGUUGAAUACCUAGAUUUAGACCUGGAUUCUGGGAAGUCCACGCCACCGCGGAAGCAGAAGAACAGUGGCUCUGGCGGCAGCAUGGCGGAUGAGAGAGUGGAUUACGUCGUGGUGGACCAACAGAAGACUCUGGCCCUGAAGAGUACCAGGGAAGCUUGGACGGAUGGCAGGCAGUCCACGGAGUCUGAGACACCCACCAAGAAUGUGAAGUGAAGACACACUGUCGCCACUGCUGACAGACAAGAUCUGAGUGGAAAGAGAGAUGCCAAGUGGAGGUGCUUGAGCUCUCUCAGUGGAGCCUUAAGCCAGCAGGGCAGAGAGAAGGACUCUUUCUCUUACAUGUUUAAGCAAAUUAGGUUGUGAAUGGUGCUGUGUGGGGGUGAAUUUGUAACGUGUAAAUAACCUGGGAAAUAGUGUUUUAGUUCACAGAGAAACGUCUGUCCCUAGUUAACACACCUGGAGUAUUACUGUACUGAUGCACUUUCAUUUGAAACCUUGGUUUGGGUCCUCCCGAUCUACCUUAACAGAAUUUCCUUGGGAGGUCUUCUUGCCUCCUCACACUACUCUGUAUAACAAUACUAAGUAAACUGAGCUACUUUUAAUUCUGGAAAUUCCAGUUGAAGCUACAGGGCUAACACCAUUAAAACGAGAAGUGGGUUGACAGAUCCGCUUUUCCCUUGAAGGUGAUAGCCAUUAGCUUAAGCUGUAGAGCAUAGUUGGACUUGUCCUUCAUUGUUUUCCAAAAAUUCCGAGGAUAAUGUAUAUACCGGGUCAAGACCUAGUUUUCUGACUCAAUGUAUACUUAGGUUUUAAUAGUAGGACUUUGUUAUUUUUUUGUUAAUUACAGUGUUUUGGGUUCAUUGUGUGAAGGUUCUGCUGGGUAGGAUCUUGCACCUUUAAAAGACUGCCUCUUAGUUACACUAGAAAGCCCACAAAUCAUCCACAGCUUGGAUUGAUGAUCUGUUCUCAUUCCUGUUCACGUAUAUUAAAUAUUAUUUGCAAAAGGUAGAUUAUAUGACUGACUAAUCAGGUACGUACAGGGCACUGAUGUGCUAAUACAGUGAUUGGGUCAGACGAAGCACUUCAGUUAGGUGUUCAUUAAUCCUAAUCUUGGUUUAGAAUUAAUGAAACAGUUGGCAUUCACUGUCAGCUGCGGCAACAUACUGUGAUUUUGAAUGAAUUAGGCAGGAAUUCAAGAUUACUACUCUUAGAAAUGUCUCUCUCUCCCUCUUCCCCUCUCCCCCCCCCCAACUCCGUAGUGCCCUUCUAGGGUUUUCGUUACUUAUUAUUCUUCUUGGCCUUAUAUUUAAAUCCCUAUGCAAUUAAUGUUUUAUAUCUGCAUUUUAAAAAAAGAAAUGUCAUUUUAAGUGAUUUUUGUAUGUAGCAAGCAUCUAUUGCUUUUGUGAGUAAAUGAAUUAAGAAUUUUGUACUGUGAUUUGUACUCACUGCCCCAGUUCCCCGACUGUUGGAGCCUUGCUGCUGUGAAACGCUGUAGUCACUGUAGUCUGACCACCACCCAGGCAGGUCUCGGCGCCCACAGAGGAAUGGGGCGAGUCUCUCACUUGUAACGUGACAUCGUCUGUGUGGACGCCGACCCUGAAUUAGUGUCACUGCAAUUACAUGUCUGUCUAGGCUUUGCCAUGUAACUUGAGAAGCAGCUAGGAUGUCCCAUUGUUCGCCCAAGUAAGGACAGUGUCUCUGCACUGAUCUGAGGCUCACUGGUGGCUUGGGGAGGGGACCAGGAGGACAGAAUGUCUGCAGCUGAGGCUCUUGUCUCCCCUGUCAGACCUCUUACCUGUCCUGAGUACACGAUGCCCCUGCUUUCUGGCCCACUGGCCACAGUACUGUGCCUAAUUUGUGUUCUCCGCUUGCUUUUCCAGUCAGUUCACAAGCUGUGUCCAUAACUAGAUGAAAUGUAGAAUAGUAACAUUCGAUGCCUUUAAAUGUGCGCUUCUUUUUAAACAAAAACUAAAACGCAGAACUGCAUUUUGAGGUGGAUUUUUAAAUAAAAAAAGAUUGUUUGA